AUGUCGACUCCCGCAACCUUAAAACAGAAGGAACUCGCACGAGAAAAGUAUGAAAAAAAAAGUCGUGUUGAGAAUUAUCCAACUUAUCCGAAAAAAGUUUAUGGGUAUGAAAACAAUGACGGGUAUUAUACAAGUGGUACGGAAAGAAACAGAAGCUACAAAACUGGACGCUGUCCUCGGAAUCUUGUUAAGCCAGCGGUUAAGGAAUUGCCUGAGGACAUGAAGGUCGACAAGUACCAUGUGUCAGCAAGCGACAUAAUCUGUUUUAGUGGCCGGCCGCACUUCCUUUCAAGCCUCUAUCCGUCUGUUUUGGAAGUGGAAGGACACAAGUAUUCUAGUUUGGAGCAAUACUAUCAGGCUUGCAAGGUUUACACACUUGCUGGCUCUGGUUAUGCAGAACAACUUCGUCAAAUCGGCGACGGCGGUCGUGUCAAAAUACAAGCGAAAAAGCUUUUACGGGUUGCCAAAGUUCCUGUAGAAAAGAUUGAAACUUGGAGACGCACCCACGGACCUAUUUUGCUUCACCACGCAAUUGUCCAUAAGUUUCUGCAAAACGUUGAUUUAAGAGAAAAGUUGCUGAAAACAGGUAACGCUAUUCUAGUGCAUACCUAUGAAUACGAUAAUAUGUUUGCAAGUGCCUGUAAUGAAGAAGCAGUUAUGAAGUGGGCAGAAGCCAUGGAUGGGCAAGUAUUAAAAGUUCCACAAAACAUUGAUGAUUCCACAUUAGAUUAUGUGCCACUGGUUGGAGAAGGGAAAAACAUUCUUGGAUUUAUUAGCAUGAAAGUAAGCAUUUUUUGA